UCUCAAAGAUAAGACAGAAAUCACCUUUUAUAAGUGAAACUCGUUACUAAACAUUUCACAUACUAUCUGUUCUAAUUGAGCCUAUAGGAUUAAACAUGAAGAUCGCCAUAAUUUUAGUUGCUUGCAUGAUUGCUAUCGUUGCCGGAGAGACAUGUACAGGCAACUCAAACUUGAACUCUGAAUGCUCACAUCUCAACUGUGAUGGUGGCUGGCAUUUGGCAUGUGUUAACACACAAUGUACAUGUGUUGAAAACACAGCUCAUACUUGUACCUCAAAGGCUGAAUGUGAUGCCGUGACAUCCUGGGACUGCCCCAAUCGUCGUCGUCAUUGUGUCGAUGGCACAUGCAGAUGUACCAGAUUUUAAUUGUACUUGUAAUAAAAAUGGCGAGAUUUAG